UCUUUUUUUUUUAUUGUCUGCUUGCAUUUUUAAGCCCUUCCCGAAGUCGGAAGCCGCGUGCCUGGGCAGGCUGCAGCGCCGCGGCUGCCAGGCACCCGAGCCAGGGCGCUGAGCCUGCGGGCUGUACGACACCACGAGCCAGUGAGUGCUUUGCAUUUUUUAACCCGUGCGCCCAGGUGCUGGCGCUCCCCAGGGCCCAGGAACAUGUCCCUGCCCCGCUGGUGCUCAGCCCGGCUUCGAGCAGCCGGGGAGCCAGGCUGCUUCCAGCACCAACCAGAGAAGUGUCGGGGCUGGGAACGCUUUGGGAAAACGUCUGGGUUUUCUUUGGAAGGAAAACGUUGUCUGGGUUUUCUAAACAGAAGGGCUUUUGAUUUAAAAGGGUCAAAACCCACCCGUGUGGGUCUCUUUAUUUCAAACCCGCCGCGGACGGAGCCGGGCACAGCACCCCAGGGGCUGCGUCCUCCUGGCCCCGGGGUUUCUGUGAAAUUCACUCAGUGCUCCUCCGAGCCCGGAGCUCUUCUCCGAGCGGGACAGCCCCAUAAAUCUCCUCUUAGGGAAAAAUGAUGCCAACGACCCUCGGGAAGACAUAUGCUCCUUGUUAGACGCGGAGAUAAACAUGGAAGCAGAAGGGGGGGAAACAAACACUUCCCAAGAAACGGACAGAUUGUACCAAGUGGCAUGUUCCUGGUUUUGAGCUCAGAACGGGGAAAAAAAAGAAAGAAAAAAAAGAAAAAAAAAAAAAAAAAGCCCAGCAAUUUCCCUAUUACUGCAAAAAUAUCCCCUCAGAGGCAACUGUCGGUUGAGAAGCCCGAAGCCCCAGAUGGGUAUUUAAGGCUCCAUUAGCUGCCAGGAAAACGAGCUCCAGAACCUGCCAAAAACCUUUCCUGAGCUGCGAUAGCAACCACCAGAGAGGAGUGGGAGGCUGGCAGGAGCCCUGGGGCAGCCACCCCGCGGGAGGGCUUCUGCUCGUAAAGCGCACGCCGCAGCCUCCCCGGGCUGCUUACACCAACCAGGCCAGGAUUUGGCCCUGGCCACCGUUUUAAUCUGCUUUUUGGGGGCUUUUUUGGGGGGCUGAGCGUGGCGGGGUCGCAUCCAGCCCUCUGCAGCCUGGGGAGCUGCUGGGACAGCUCCCGACAUCGUCCGUGUCCGUGGGCAUUGAUGCUCAGCAGGAUCAGCCCCAUGGGGGGCUGCAGAGGUCCUAGGACAGGCAUUUUCCUGUCCCACAAGCACACAAAAAUCCUCUUUCCCUCCAUCACACCCCUCACGCUCAGCCACGGGACCGCGGAGGUGACGGCACACGGCAGGAGCCUCUCGGGCCGUGCGAGCAGCCCGAGGAACGGGAACCUCGCGUCGGAAGCCAAGGUGCUGUCACAAACCACAUCUCACCCCCCGCUGGAGUUCGCCUUCGAUGGCGUUUCCUUUGCGAAGUUCCUGUUACCAAAGGGAGUUUUCAAAAGCAACGGCGAAAACGUGAGCGUGGCAGCGAGCGGCGUGCCCACGCCGGAGCUGAGCAACGGCGCCGCAUCUCGACGGGUUUUGGGGGGGGGGGACACGAGUGGGGACAGGCUCCAGCUGGGGCAGGGAUGAAGGAAAGGGUGAACCCGUGUCCUGCCUGAGCUGGAUCCGUGCUCGGUGGCCAAAGGAAGGGGCAAAGUGUGGAGAGGGUUGGGGUCAUGCCAGGGGAAAUGCAACGCAGCGGCGAGGCUUCCUGUGCCAUCCUGCGCGCCCGCGGCAACGCCACAAGGAACUUUUUCUGGGGCUGCUGCUUGGGCUGGGUGAGCCCCCUGGGGCAGGCUGAGUGCUGGGGGCUUCCCCCUGUCCCCCCUGGGCUCCCACCCAGCUGGGGGGUCCCCAGGGCGAGCAGGCAUUGGGACAGGAAAGGGGGGCUCCCCCUGCGCCCCCCGCGCACCCCUUGGCCACCCGCGCACCCCAAGCGGGGUGCUGGCAACCCUGGAGCGCGGGGGGGCUCCCAAAGCAUCCCCGCAGCUCGGCGGCACCGGGGGGCUCCCGAAGCAUCCUCGGGGGCUCCCGGAGCAUCCCCGGGGCUGGGGCCCGGCCCCGGGGCGGGGCGGCCCGGGAGGGGGGGCGGCGCCGCCGGGGCCGGGGCGGGGGGCGGGCGGCGGAGGCGCAUUCGGGCGGCGGCGAUGAACGGGACGGGCCGGGAGCCGUGCGAGCGCGGCGAGGCGCUGGUGGCCGGUGCCCGGCCUCUGGUCAGCGCCCUGAUGUUCUCCGCGGGGCUCUUGGGCAACCUCCUGGCCCUGGGGCUGCUGCUGCGCUGCCGCCGGCCACCCCGCGCCCGGCCACCGUCCCUUUUCCACGUCCUGGUGCUGGCCUUGGUGGUCACCGACCUGCUGGGCACCUGCUCGGUCAGCCCCUUGGUGCUGGCCUCCUACCACCGCAACCUCACCCUGACCGCCCUGGCGCGGGGAGGCCACCUCUGCCUCUAUUUCGGCUUCUCCAUGAGCUUCUUCGGCCUCGCCACCAUGCUCAUCCUCUUCGCCAUGGCGCUGGAGCGCUGCCUGGCGCUGGGGCGGCCCUACUUCUACGAGCGCUUCCUCAGCCCCCGCACGGGUUUGGUGGCCCUGCCAGCCAUCUACACCUUCUCUGCUGCCUUCUGCUCGCUGCCUCUGGUGGGUUUCGGGCGCUACGUGCAGUAUUGCCCCGGCACCUGGUGCUUCAUCCAAAUGUACCUGGACGACGGCCGGCACGCUGCGGAGGAGGCGGGGAUGCACGUCACCUUCUCGCUGCUCUACGCCACCCUGCUGCUGCUCCUCAUCCUCUCGGUGCUGCUCUGCAACCUCAGCGUCAUCAGCAACCUGGCCCGCAUGCACCGCCGGGGGCAGAAGACCCGGCGGAUGGCCGCGCCGGAGCAGCCCCGGGCGGCGGGGGGCGGCGGGCGGUGCAUGUUCUCCAUGGCCGAGGAGAUCGACCACCUCCUGCUCCUCGCCAUCAUGACCAUCACCUUCGUCAUCUGCUCCCUGCCCUUCACGAAGGAAGAGUCCCGAGGGAAGAGAAAACGACCGCAGGCUGUAGCCAAGCCAGGCUGUCUGGGUUGUAAGAGGGAGAAAAGACAAAGCGGCGAUGUCCGGGAGCUCGCAAGCAUCCCGGGAACCAGACUCAACAUCCUGAGAGCUCCCGUCAAUGGGCCCGCGCGCGCCGGGCGGCUCUCCCCGCAGCCUGGAGGAGCCCGGCUCUGGAUGCCGGGACCCCUUGGCCGGGUCUGCGCCUACAUGAACAAGUUCAACAAGGGCCAGAACUACGACUGGGACCUCCUGGCGCUCAGGUUCCUCUCCAUCAACCCCAUCCUCGACCCUUGGGUCUUCGCCAUCCUGCGCCCGCCGGUGCUGCGGGUCCUGCGCUCGGUGCUGUGCUGCCAGCUGUCCCCCGCCGGCCAGGACCUGCACACCCCGUCCCCCGCAAAGACCAAACUGGAGACGAGGCUGGACCCCAGCGGGCAGUAAAUCCGCCAGGAAACCUUGCUGGCUGGGGUGCCGUGCAGCCCUGGAGGGUGUUACCGAGGUUUUAUGGCCCCUAAAAGACGUCCCUGCUGUCGGGGCUGCGCCUGGUGCCGCCGCGUGUCUCCGGGGAGCCGCACGGAGCCGGCGUGGUGUCCCACAGGGCAGAAAGUGGGAUGGGACCGGGGCACCUGGAUGGCACGACCUCCAUCAGAUGGGGCCACCCCUGCCCUGCGAUGGAUGCGUGCCGCAUUCGGACACGUCGUGUAGGGGCUGAGCUACGGGGUGACUUGCUGGGACACCGCAGCCGCUGCGCGCAUGAAUGCUGCUGGUUAAAGGGGCCGUUUGUGGGGCUUCGAGCAUCUCCAGACAUCUCCUGCCCUUCCACCCGCAUCCCCCGUGCUGGGAUUGCUGGGGAAACGGGGCACAACCCGUGUGCCUUUCGCCACUUUCCUCCCAAGCCGUGUCCCCGGGGGCUGCUCGUGGAGGCGCAGCCCUGGCCGCAGGGACCCGGAUCGCCGGGGACCAGGCAGGAGAGGAGGCAGCUGCUAUGCAGGGGAGGAAAAAGCAUUCGCCCCUCUUUUUUUUUUCCCCUUUGGCAGCCUGCUUGCCCAAGGAAAAGCACUUUAUGGGGUGUAGCUCUGUGUGUCCGUGUCUGUUCGUCCCCCCUGCUCCCGGCAGUUUCGGGCUCCGGGCGGUGCCAGCCCCGCGUGUCCGAGGGGCGCAGGGCAGAAAGCAGCCGAGCUUUGGCCUUUCCGUGUGCUGCCACGGCACGGGGAACCACAGGGCUCCCCAUUUUUGCUCCGUUUUGCAAGGGGCUUUCUUUAUCCCACGGGAACACAGAGCCUGGUGGGGAGCAGCUUUGAUCACAGCGUCUCACCCACGGUGAUGCCACCGAUGGGUUUGGGGUUGGUGUGAAGGAGGGGGGACUCAUCCUCGUGGCUCCCACCAGGGCAAGGAGCACCAAACCCCUCUGCCUUCCCCAAAAGGGGACCUGCCCUUCCUGGGGGCACUGCCACCCUCUGAGCUGGGUUUGUCCUGGUGCUCGUCCCGCUGGGGAGCUGCAGCAUCAAAAGUGGUGUCAAAAAAGCCCAAACGGGCAAAGAUUCGGAGCUUUCUUCCGUGUCGGCCAUGCGAAACCCCUUCUUGUAAUAAAUGUCGUUCCAAGGAGCCA